AGCGCUGUCCCAUAAGCAGUUCCCACAUGGCACCUCGUCCAAAUUCAUAUCCUCUAAAGGAAACCAAUCAUAGAUGCAAGUGCAAUUACAUUUCAAAUAAUUGAUCAGCGGUGUCCAUCACGAAAGACACAUGCAAUAACUGAAUAGAGAGGCUGCAAUGAUAUGGCCGAUCUCACCACUCAAAACUCAGCACAAACCAUGGAUCGGGAGGCUACAAAUAGCAUCCCAAAACCACAGCCAUCCAACACAACUACAAGUCCUAUUCUUAGUCAGCCUGAUACAUCUCCUGAGGAAGAGCGAGUCGUGGCCUCAUGUCGCAGGGAAAACUCUAACCGCCACAGACUGAUCCCCUCUCUUUUACUGAUCCCCUCUCUUUUUCUGCUCCCCCCUUGAGGAUUCCGAGCACAUCAGUUGUGUGUCUUGGUUUCCUCCAAACACAAGCAAAAGCUCUGUCGCCCUUCACCUCUCCUUCCUCUCCCCCCUGGCCAGGGAGAGAGGAAGACAGAGGCACGAAGUGGCGCAGAGUGGACGCUCGUGAACCAUUCGACCUGUUGCUGCUGCUGCCGUCGCCCCCGACGAAUCGAGAAGGAUGGAGAAGAAGCCCACCAUCCUCAUGAACCGAUAUGAGCUCGGCCGCUAUCUUGGGCAGGGCACCUUCGCCAAGGUGUACCAUGCCCGGAACCUUGCGUCCAACCAGAGCGUGGCCAUUAAGGUCAUUAACAAGGAGAAGGUUCUGCGUGUUGGCAUGAUCGACCAGAUCAAGCGGGAGAUCUCCAUCAUGCGCCUUGUUCGCCACCCCAACAUUGUCCAGCUGCAUGAGGUCAUGGCCAGCAAGAGCAAGAUAUACUUUGCAAUGGAGUAUGUCCGGGGCGGCGAGCUCUUCGCCCGGGUUGCCAGGGGCCGGCUGAAGGAGGACGCCGCGAGGAAGUACUUUCAUCAGUUGAUAGGGGCUGUGGAUUUCUGCCACAGCCGCGGUGUCUACCACAGGGACCUGAAGCCAGAGAACCUCCUCGUGGACGACAACGGCAACCUCAAGGUGUCGGACUUUGGCCUGAGUGCCCUACAGGAGUGCCAGAAGCAGGAUGGAUUGUUGCACACGACAUGCGGCACACCUGCAUAUGUUGCACCUGAGAUAAUCAACAAGAAGGGCUAUGAUGGAGCCAAGGCGGACAUAUGGUCUUGCGGUGUCAUACUGUUUGUUCUUCUUGCUGGCUAUCUCCCAUUCCAUGAUGCAAAUCUAAUGGAGAUGUACCGCAAGAUUAGCAGAGGUGAUGUCAAGUAUCCCCAGUGGUUCUCUUCUGAUCUCCGCAGGUUCAUGUCCAGGCUCCUCGAUCCAAAUCCAAACACCAGGAUCACCAUCGAGAAGCUGGUUGAGUAUCCGUGGUUCAAGAAGGGGUACAAACCAGCAGUGAUGUUGGCACAGUCACAGGGUUCAAACAGCCUCAAGGAUGUUCAAGUUGCUUUCAGCACCGACCACAAGUACAAUGAAGCCAACAAGGUGGAACAACCAGACAGCCCUUUGAAGCCAACAAGUUUAAAUGCAUUUGACAUCAUCUCGCACUCCAAAGGAUUUGAUCUGUCAGGCCUGUUCGGGGACCGAGAGCAGAAGGCGAAUUCACGGUUCAUGACCCAAAAACCGGCAUCAGCAAUAGUGUCAAAACUGGAGCAGAUUGCUGAGACAGAGCGCUUCAUGGUGAAGAAACAGGACGGACUGGUGACACUGCAGGGGUCCAAAGAAGGGAGGAAGGGGCAGCUCGCAAUCAACGCAGAGAUCUUCGAGGUGACACCAGCCUUUUAUGUCGUCGAGGUGAAGAAGUCAGCAGGGGACACAUUGGAGUAUGAAAGGUUCUGCAACAAGGACCUGAGACCUUCACUCAGGGACAUCUGCUGGAGCAGUCAAUCAGAGGAGAAGCUUCCUUCAAUGACUGAGUCAUCACAUUAAAGCCAUCCUCUUAGUCAGUCGAAAGAUAUGCCCUUUAAGCGCAAUCUCUUCAGAGAUGCGACUACAGCUACCCUCCUUUCUCUUUUCCCCCCCUUUCUCAAAGGGCUAAGACCUUGCUCCUUUGAGCAGGAGGUUGUAGGGCUCUUUGUGAGCCUUUUUGCCAGUUUUCUUCUUGUAGUAGCAAUUGUUGAACAUGGAACUCCUGUUCCUUUCAUCAAUAGAAGCACGAUGAUCAGCACUGUCA